GUAAACAUACAAAGAGACUUAAGUUUAUUCAUAGUCAUCAUUGUGCUAAAUACAAGUUUGGAAUAUUAUUUAAGUUAUAUAAACAACCUUUUGUUCAUCAUUUGAAGCUGGAAUCAUGAGAAAGAAAAUAUGGUUUUUUCUUUGCCUUGCUUUCAUUGAAUGCUACAUGGGCAUGGCUAGGGGAAUAGUGGAACAAGAGAAAUCAGAUGCAGCAGUGAUUCCAGUGGGAACAUUGUCACCACCAGAAGGAAACACAACAUUCAUUGAUGGCACAACAUGGUGUGUGGCACUUGCUGGUGUUUCCCAAGCUGACUUGCAGAAUGCUCUGGAUUGGGCCUGUGGACUUGGAUCAGCUGAUUGUAAAGCCAUUCAGAAAGAUGGACCUUGUUUUGAACCAGACACACUUGUUUCUCAUGCUUCUUUUGCUUUCAACAGCUAUUAUCAGACUAAUGGGAAUUCUGAUAUUGCUUGCAAUUUUGGAGGAACUGCUACAUUGACAAAAACUGACCCCAGUUAUGGAAAAUGUGCCUAUUCUAAUCCUGGAUCCGUAAGUUCCUCUGCUUCAGUUUCACUGGGAAAGUAUUACCAAAGUUUAAUGUGGUCGAAACUCAUUGCUCUGCUACUUAUUUCAUACUAUUGGAUGUGAUUAAUACUAAUGGGCUAUGGUAGGUGAAUAAAACGGAAUUAGAAGAAAGUUAGGAAGUUAGCUUUGUUAGCAUUUUGUAAUAGUGAUUAUGUUGAUGCUAAGGUAUUCUUAGCUUUCAUGUUGGGUCAAGACACGAAUCUAUAAUUGUGCAAAUUAUAUCUUUUUGCAGUUUACAUAAAUUGUAAAUUGUUGGUGUUUCCUUUUGAGCUCAAUAUUCUAUUUUCUCUA